AGCGCCAGUCAUUCCCUUCCGUGUCUGGAACCCGGCCGCCGCAAGGUGUUUGGUUAGGUUUGUCCUGUGCGAGGCCCCGUCCUCAAGACCGAGACGCGUCAGGGUCAGAAAGACGAGAGAGUCCAGGACGCAGAACGGAGCCGAGCCGGCAGCGGCGGGGCAGCCGGAGGGGGGCGAUGGCGGCGACCGCGGGGGCCUAUGAGAAGCUGAAGCUGCACAUAACACCAGAGAAGUUUUACGUGGAAGCUUGUGAUGAUGGAGCAGAUGAUGUUCUUGCCAUUGACAGAGUCUCCACAGAGGUCACUCUUACAGUUAAGAAAGAUGUUCCCCCUUCAGCUGUUACAAGGCCUAUAUAUGGUAUUUUGGGAACAAUCCGUCUGGUGGCAGGCAACUAUCUCAUUGUAAUAACAAAAAAGAAAAAAGUAGGUGAAUGUUUCAAUCAUGCAGUCUGGAAAGCAACUGAUUUUGACAUCCUCUCCUACAAAAAGACCAUGCUGCACUUAACUGAUAUUCAGUUGCAGGACAAUAAAGCCUUUUUAGCAAUGCUUAGUCACGUCUUGAAUGUGGAUGGAUUUUACUUCUCUACAACAUAUGACCUAACGCACACUUUGCAAAGGUUAGCCAACACCAGUCCAGAAUUCCAAGAAAUGAGCCUACUAGAGAGGGCAGAUCCACGGUUUGUGUGGAAUGGGCAUCUUCUUCGAGAAUUUGCUGCUCAGCCAGAGAUCCAUAGGUUUGCUCUUCCAGUGAUGCAUGGAUUUAUAGCUAUGCACUCUUGUUCCAUAAAUGGAAAGUAUUUUGACUGGCUGCUUAUCUCUAGAAGAAGCUGUUUCAGAGCUGGUGUACGUUAUUAUGUGAGAGGUAUUGAUUCAGAAGGACAUGCAGCUAAUUUUGUUGAAACAGAACAAAUUGUACAUUACAAUGGGAGCAAAGCUUCGUUUGUCCAGACGCGUGGAUCAAUUCCUUUUUUCUGGUCACAGAGACCAAACCUCAAGUAUAAGCCAAAACCACAGAUCAGCAAAGUAGUAAAUCAUAUGGAUGGCUUCCAAAGACAUUUUGACUCUCAGAUAAUUAGCUAUGGAAAACAAAUGAUUGUUAAUUUGGUUAACCAGAAGGGCUCAGAGAAGCCUCUUGAACAAACAUUUGCAAAAAUGGUAAACAGCUUGGGAAAUGGCAUGGUCAGAUAUAUAGCAUUUGACUUCCAUAAAGAAUGCAGUCGAAUGAGGUGGGACCGACUCCAGCUCCUGAUGGAUCAACUCGCAGAACAACAAGAUGAGUUUAGUUAUUUUCUAGUUGAUUCUGAUGGUAAAGUGGUGACUCAGCAGGAAGGAAUAUUCCGCAGUAAUUGCAUGGACUGCCUGGACCGGACUAAUGUGAUUCAGAGCCUAUUAGCACGUCGUUCUCUGCAAGCACAGCUGCAGAGGUUAGGUGUUCUGCAUGUUGGACAGAGAAUUGAAGAACAAGCACAAUUUGAAAAAAUCUACAAAAAUGCAUGGGCUGAUAAUGCGAAUGCUUGUGCCAAACAAUAUGCUGGAACUGGUGCCUUAAAGACAGACUACACAAGAACUGGGAAGAGAACUCAGUGGGGCCUAAUAAUGGAUGGCUGGAACUCAUUAAUACGUUACUACAAGAACAACUUUUCUGAUGGAUUUAGACAAGAUGCUAUCGAUCUGUUUCUUGGAAAUUAUUCAGUGGAUGAAGUAGAGUCUGUCAGCCCUCUACAUAUACAGAAGGACUGGAAGUUCUUGGCUUUGCCUAUUAUUAUGGUCGUUGCUUUCUCAAUGUGCAUUAUCUGUUUGCUUAUGGCUGGUGAUACAUGGACUGAGACACUGGCUUACGUGCUCUUCUGGGGAACUGCAAGCUUUGGAACUUUAGCUAUCAUCUUUUACAAUGGCAGGGAUUUUGUAGAUGCACCAAAACUGGUCCAGAAAGAGAAGAUGGACUGAAUUUGUGUGUGUGGAAAGCGGCUUAGCAUGGAGGACUCCUCAAGCCAUACUUGGAGUCUCUACUGACCUGCUUUCCACACCAACUAGUGGUCUUUCUAGCUUUCAUCUUUACGGAGAGAAAAAGUAAAUCGUGUCCUUCACUUGGUGGUGGGAAUUUACAGUUGAGAUCUGGUUUUACAGUCUUAGUCACAAUGAUCUUUGGAAUAUUGCAUUAAUUGAGGAGGUUGCACUCAUAACAAGAUAAUUUACAGGUGAAAGCCAAAAUAUCCAUGUUGUCUGUGGAAUAUUAUAGGAUUCGAACUGGCCUACUAAGUUGACAGUCCAGCAGGUCAGUUUCAUUCAAACAUGAUCUCAUAAUCUUAACAGAGAUCUCUGGUUCUGUUCAUGUGUCACCAUAUCCAGCUGUGGCAGAAUUAGUAAUAUAGAGUCACAUCGUGUUCUUUAAGCUAAUAUAGCAUCCUACUAAUAAGAUUUCUUUCUAGACUUUCAGCUGGGUUUCAUUUGUCGUCAUAAAAGCAGUCACUGUUAGCACAAGUCCUUUGCAUAUUUUCAUUAGGGUAGAGAAUCAUACCUUACUGUUUCUAUCAAAAUGCAAGUCUUCUGUUCUGCCUCAUCUAGGACUGAUGCAAUAUUCUAUUAAAUCAUUGGGAGGAUGAGUUAUUGGUGGACAUUUCUGAAGUUGCAAAUGUCUUGCACUACCGAACUACUGCAGUCUUCAGAUGACUUUUUUUAAUACAGCUAGACAGCAAUUUAAGUGUGAUUCAGAAGUUCAAAUUAGGUUGUCUUUUUUAAGAUGUAAAUGAAAUCAAAGAAUGUAAAACUUCUUUACUGUGUUUAUUGACCCUCAUGCUAAAGGUCCAAAGUAUUCCAUAGUUAAAGAACAGUCACAAUGUAGAAGGUACACCACAUUGUUUUGCCAGUCUUCUGCUUCUGUACCUUUUGGUUAUGUAGGAUAACCUGUGGAAGAAAGAAUACAAAUCUUUGAGGUGACAGUCUUCUGCUAAAUUCCAUGUUUGCACUUAGGGGAAGCAGCAGCAGCAGCUUGCUUUUCAUGCAUGAUAAAACUCUAAAAACUAAGCUAUGAAAAUAAUUUGUUCUGAUUAUCAAUAAAUGUGUGUCUUUAAAUUUAGUGCUUCCAAUCUACAUAAAAUAGCUGAUCUGAAUCAAGGACCAAUUUUAAACUAUUUUGUCACUUGUUUUAUGAUUUAAGUUCAAAACCAGACUGAAAUUUGCUUACAGCACUGUGCAUUGUUUAAUAUUCCCUGUAAGUACAGUUAUAUAUCCAGAUUGCAAUUAUGAAGAUUAAAUAUUAGAAAAAAAAGUAGAAUACUAGGGUUAGCACGGUUGUCAUUAAUGCCCUAGAACACAAAACACUGCAUCAUCAGUGUUUCAUUGUGUUAUGAUUGAAAAUACAUACAGUUUUUUUUUUUUUCCAAUAACUGUUCAUUUUAACCUUGAAUGUUUCUGAAGGCCUAUUUGGGUUUUGUUAAACAUUACUUGUUCAUAAGCACUAGUAAUAAAAAUGCAGAGUACCUGUUUGCUUUUAGAUGCUACAAUGGAAAUACCAGUUGACAGUUUUACUGAGAAAUUCUCUGUAACUUAAUCUCAGACAUCAACUCCAUAAUGGGGAAGAAAGUAUAAGAACUCUAUAGUUAAAUAUUUAAAUAAUGGUUUGUAUGCCUCAUUGGCAGGUGAUUUGAAACUUAGCUCAACUGUCUUACAGUGUGUAUCUAAAUCUUUCCGUGCAUCUCCCGUUAAGAGUUUGUUGCAACAAAGACCAAACCUGGACUGCUACUAUAACCACAUUGCAAGAACUAGAGUAAUGUAGGUUUUUAGACUUGGAAGGGCAUCUGUAUUCCAAUGCUUUGCAAGGAGAUUGUAUUUCUAAGUUCACAUAUAGUGUACUCAUAAAUGACAAUAAAACUUUAAUCUUUCUUUUCUA